CUCCUGUUCAUUGGCUUUAAAGAACCUAUACUCUCGUGGUUUUCCUCCCACCUCUCCCAUCACUCUUCUGUCUCAUCUGCUGCUUCUUCAUUCACAUCACCACGCCUGGAAGAAAUGUUAUUUCCUACUUUUGCACACCAAGCUUUAUCUACUGAUUUUCACAGCAGGAUCUAUGAGAAGGUUAAAACUUUUGUUCUUUCUGAAGAAAACUAUCCAUUGGAAUCCUUACCUAGGUGUGGAUUGGACUAGUAGCUUCUGAAAGCCUGUGAUUCCGUGAUUCAUCUUGUGAGAGACACUGUUGCCAGGUUCUGCUCUUUCCAUUACAUGUGAUUCUAAAGGGAAAGUGACAUUCUCCACCCACAUCCAGAGAUAAACAACACUCCACCCUACUUGUGAUCUCAGUGGUCUUUUUGGAGUACCGCCAAGCCAAGGGCAUACCACGAUGGACGAAUCAACAACCUCAUCAUUCUACUAUGAUUUUAAAGCUCCCUGUCAAAGCUAUGAUGUGAAGUACACAGCAUCAUGGCUCCUCCCCCCGCUCUACUCCUUGGUGUUCAUUUUUGGCUUUGUGGGCAAUGCUCUAGUUUUUCUCAUCUUGAUAAGAUGUAAAAAGCUGAAAAGCAUGACUGACAUCUAUCUGCUCAAUCUGGCCAUCUCUGAUUUGCUUUUCAUUGUCACCCUGCCAUUUUGGGCUCACUAUGCUGCAGACCAGUGGAUCUUUGGAGACGUCCUGUGUAAGUUGCUGACUGGAUUCUACCACAUGGGUUUCUUUGGAGGAGUCUUCUUCAUCAUCCUCCUGACCAUCGAUCGCUACCUGGCCAUUGUCCAUGCUGUGUUUGCUCUGAAAGCUAGGACAGUCACCUUUGGCAUUUUGACAAGCGUCAUCACCUGGCUGGUGGCUGGCUUUGCCUCUCUCCCAGCAAUCAUCUUCACCAAAUCUCAAAAGGAAAGCAUCCAACACACCUGCAGCCCUCAUUUCCCAUCAGAUCAGUCCACAAUCUGGAAAGACUUCCAAACUUUAAAGAUGAAUCUGUUGGGGCUAGUGUUACCCCUCCUUGUUAUGAUCAUCUGUUACUCAGGAAUCAUAAAAACACUGCUGAGGUGUAGGAAUGAGAAGAAGAAACACAAGGCAGUGAGGUUAAUCUUUGUGAUUAUGAUCAUUUAUUUUCUCUUCUGGGCCCCCUAUAACAUUGUGCUUCUCUUAAACACAUUCCAAGCUUCCUUUGGUCUGGACAACUGUGAGAGCUCUAAGAACUUGGGCCGAGCCAUGCAAAUAACAGAGACACUUGGAAUGACACACUGCUGCAUCAACCCAGUGAUUUAUGCCUUUGUUGGGGAAAAGUUUAGGAGAUACCUCUCUACUUUCUUCCGCAAAUACAUUGUCCGACGUUUCUGCAAGCAGUGCCCCAUUUUCCAUGGAGAGACACUUGACCGAGUGAGCUCAACAUAUACCCCAUCUACUGGGGAGCAGGAGGUCUCUGCUGGUUUGUAAAAAAGAUUCUUUUCUUUAUAUUAAAAAUGGCCUUUGUGGGGGAGGGGUCCUACAAAUCUUAAAAGGGCCUGAAAAUCUUAGAGAUCUAAGAUCCCUAAAAAGCAAAGAAACACAAGAAUAUUCAGACUCCAGGUACAGAAGGGAACUUGAGUCCCACUUCUCAAUAAAUACAUCAUCCCACAGCACCAGAAGAUUCCUUGAAUAUCAAGUGCCUUCUCUUAAGUAAAAAUAGAAUAGCCUGGAUCCUUGUGUGUCUCUCCUAUUUAGUCUAAUCAACCCUCAGCCUUACUUCCAUAUACAUACAUACAUAAAUGGAGGUGUAGAUGUCUGUGUAUAUAUAUACAUAUACAUAUACAUAUGUAUAUAUGUGUGUGUGUGUGUAUAUGUGUGAAUGGACAGAUAGAGAGAUAGAGCAGCUGAGUUACACAUUGUCUAUCUUAUCAUGCCAUCAGAAAGGUGCUAGAUCAUCAGGGUUGAGGCAAAUAGAACAAUGAACACCAUACAUUCAAGUUUAUGGAUUCUUUUAUAUCAUGAAUAAUGUUAUAAGAUAUAAAUAUAUAUGUAUACAUACAUAUCUAUAUAAAACAUGUUCCAAAGAUUUCUGCUAUGGCUUUUUGCUUAAAAUGAAAUAUAAGACUGAGACAAAAACUUGUCAGAAUGUUAUCACUUUAUGAAAUAGGAAAUAUAUAUAUAUAUAUAAAGUCAAUCAGUAAGCAUUUAUUAUGCACCUUCUAUAUACAUGCUGAUAUACAAAUGAAAUCAUCCUUGUCUUCUUGGUCUCAAGGAAUUUCCAUUCUAUUAUUUUUUUAAGCAAGAUAAGGAGAUUGAGGACCCUGAGGUCCAGAGAGGGGGAAGGGGCAUGCUCCUAAACCCUAAAGAUUGAAGAUUCUUAGAAUAAGUUGGAUAAUUCAACUUUACGAAUUCAAUGUAUUGCCCUAUACAUAUUAUUUGAGUAUUUGUUAAUCAUUCCAUCAGAUCAUUCUGUAUAAUAAUUUAGAUAAUGUCCUGGUUAUGGAGCCUCCAGCUUUGUCUUGGAGUGAAUUUAUUAAGUUUAAGGCUUUUGUCUAAAGCAUCCUCAGGAGGUAACUUAGAAACUUGGUCAGACCAGAUGGCCAAAGGUGACAUUAUUGUUAGUGCCACUCAAAAGAUAGACUUUAGUUUGCUUUCUAGAACUUCAUUUUUUAUCUAGAUGUGACU